AGGCGUUCCCGAAGGUUUUACACCACUUCACAAGAAUAACGCGACGUAAUCCCGCAGCUGUAAUAAAGAUUGUAUCGUCCUCGUCCCUAUCAAAUGUAAAAAUGUCUGGGUCUGGAAGAUUCUGAGACUUGUCAUGCAUGUUUUGCAUUGGCCAUGAUGUCUGCGAUGCAUGCCCUAGCAUCACAGAUUUUUUGAGGGCUUCGCGAUGCCUAUUCCGCAUGACAAAUGCCCUCUCCGCGUAGCAAAAAUUGCGUUCCCUUUGCUGCUCAUGCAAUACAGAUUUUUUUAGAAUCCAAGUUCAGCAUCACAAGUUGCCUUCUUCCAGACCCAGACAUUUUUACAUUUGAUACUCCCCCGCGGGUCCCACUCCCAGUCUCGUCUGGUGCACCAUUGUGGUGCGAAAGGCCGAGUGCCAGCAGCAGACCGCAGCCCCCAACAAGAAGACUUCUUCUACACUUGUCACAUAAGGCAGCAUGAAGCCCAACGUUAAAGCCGCCGUAAUGCUCUUGAAGGGCCUCGUCGUCGUGGCCGCGUGGCUUGCAAUCCCUUACCUGGUCAACGCCUUGGUCCAGGAGAAUAACCUGCGUGGCACGAGCGACCCAGUUGCCCAAGAACAGAAUCUGCGUGCGUGGGGGGGGGGGUGCAGCUGCGCCCCCGCCCACUCGCCCGGUGAAGGAAUUUUUGAUGACGGACGAGGAGGCGGCUGCAUUGGGGGAAAUUUAUGAACGGAGAAUGAGUACUUUACUUCUGAAGUUGUUAUUGUUUGUUUUCCGAGAAUCUUUGUGCAUUUUUGUCGUCGCUGUGCGCUAUACUGUUUGAGAUAUUUUCACAACUACAAAUCGUGCGCAGGUUUGUAUCGUCGCGGGUUCAACAGUACCGAAUUGCAUGUGAUGGGGAAGAUCAUGGAGCUGACCGGCGGAGAUGUCGCGUACGUGAAGCAGCUGUACAAAGGGGGACACGUCCACGCCGUCAUCCGCCUGGACUUGAACAAGGACGACGCACUGGAUACACGCGAGUGUCCCUGUCUGAAGGAUUUUGCGGGUGCUCGCGACUCCUAUGCUGAAGAAAAGCACAGCCCUAGCAGAAGAAUAAUAUUUGUGUUGCUGUUUUUGUGGCACAAGACAAUUUAGAAGAGGGGCGAACGCCUGUAAUGAAAAAUGGAGAUUGUAAUCCGGAAAAGGUGUCAGAGUCAGACCGAAAUCGAAAAGAUGUUUGACGCUUUUAUGUCCGGCAAAAACAUGCUCAUGCAUCAGAAAUAUUUUCCAAUAUUAUGGUACUGGUGCGCUUUUCUGUAGGAUGCCUCCAUGGCCCUAGGCGACGUUUUGUUUGCGUUGGUGCCCGGAAAGCUGGACGGUACCCGGCCCGGCCCCGGCGGGGAUAGUUCGGUGAACACGUUUCUCGAAGUGGGCGUCACAGUUACUGUAUGCCAGAGAAAGAAGCUAGCAUAUCACAGCAUUUUUAUAUGUAGUGAGGUCACCGAACGGUUCUAACCAGGGAGUUUUUUUGACACCUACCCUGAAAAACGACCGGCAGUUUUCAAGCGGCCGGAGGCGUUUUUUUUCAUAAAAAUUUUUUAUUUAUCAAGCGGUCGGGGCUUUGCCAUCAAACAAGCCCGGUCGAAAACUAUCGAUUCGCACUGGAUAAAACGACGCAGGGGAGCCGGCAAAAGGGGCGCCCUUCCGAGGCGGCCACCGCCUUAGUUUCUGGCGAUUUGGGGCGCCCAAAAAGGGGCGCGCAAAAAACGCGUCCAAAAUCAGAACAGCGAAACAGCAUGGCACGGCCGCGAUUUCGGAGCAUUUUCGGCGGCCGCGAAAGCGGCCGCCUUUUCGCCGGUUUCAGAGCCUGGGAAGCUUUGCAAAAAGCGCCGGCGUGAAAAAUAAAAACGCGAAAAAGAAAAAGCGCGCCAGACGCGCAAAGCCAAUCCGCAUGCUAUGGGCCCGAUUUUGCUUCGCUUUUUGGGCGCCCCCCGUGGCACCCGGAUCGGCCCCAUAGCAUGGGGGCUGGCUUUCGGAGAGGAAUUUCGGGAAUUCGCCAAAAUUUGCGACGUUUCCCAAGUGGCCGCCAUACCGUGCGGCAUAACGUUACGCACGGCGGUAUGGCGAGCCCAUAAAAAGCAAAGCCGCGGCCAAGGCUGCGGCCGGCAAAAAAACGCCCACGACCUCACUACCUCCGCCCCGGCGGCUAUAUUUGGUAUUUUAUGUAAUGCAAAAAUAGAUACUUAAAUAGUGACCUCACUCCACUUCAUGCCUCGGGCCUGCUCAUGAUAAAUUUAGUACUUAGGUAUUUGUUUUUUCAUUAGAAAUUAUAUGCCAUGCAGCUAGCUUAUUUCUUCCCGGGAUACACUGGCGGGUGGUCCCACGAGAUGAUGGAGAACGCACCCCUCCUCGACGACGACCAUCACAUCGAUGACGCCGAAACGUGGGAACAGAAGGAGAUAAACCGGAUGGGCUGGGUGGAGUGGCUGGAGUAUCGCAACAGGAUCCGCAGACUCAGUCGCCCACUGUCGCAGCAGGAUCAGCCCGAGAAUGACAAAUCGCAGCCACAGUCGCAGCCACAGUUGUUUUCACGUAUCUUGCCUACAACCUGCUUCUGCCAGAACUCCGCCGUCGGGCACCAACCGAGUGACGUAUCAUCCACGUCGUCGUCGUCGUCGGAGGCGCCAUCCUCGUCGCUGUCGUCGUCGUCCAGCGAGAGCAGGAGGAGGUGGUUCCGCUCAUCGUAAGAAGUACAUCCGCGACGCUCGGGAAAAUCGACACCUACAGCUGCGACUUCACCACCAUAAGUUGCGAGGGUCUGGUUGGUCUUUCUCAUUUUUUUUAAUAUACUGUUCACACUCAGACCGGCUGCAGUGAUCUACUGACUCAGACUUCAGUUUAUACGAUAUUUUUCAUUUACUUGAGCUUAUUCAUCGCCGGCGGUUUUUAAAUAUACUGAAACUCCCAUGAUCCGAGAUAAAUCCUCUUGUUCGCGAAGCGACGAGGACCAAACUUAUCAUCGGCGUCGCCGAUUGGUAUUAGAAAAAAAAAAAAAAUGGUGCCACAAUUACGUCAGUUUCAAAAAAACAUGUGACAAACGAUAACGAACUACUACAGCAGAAGCAUGACAAUAGCUACUAUUGAAAAUGAUGCUUCGCACAACUACAACUAGUGGAAGCGCCGGACCCUACACAAAUAUUUCCAGUUGCGAAAGUCAACCAUACGAACUUUUUUUUGAAACAACAAUUUUUUUGAAACGAAA